AUGGACGCCAAAAUCAAUGGAAAUACUGAAGCAACAGAGUUCGAUGUUCUCAUCAUUGGUGCAGGCUUUGGUGGAUGCUACAGUCUCUACAGACUUCGCCAGUUAGGGUUCAAGGUCCACCUUCUCGAAGCAGGCUCCACACUUGGAGGAGUCUGGCAUUGGAAUAAUUACCCGGGAGCUCGUGUGGAUUCAGAAAUACCAUACUAUCAAUUUUCCAUCCCUCAAGUCUGGCGCACUUGGAAAUGGUCAGAGAGAUUUCCGAGUGGAGAUGAACUGAAGGCUUACUUCAAGCACGUUGACACUACGCUAGAUCUAUCCAAAGAUAUCACAUACUCUGCGAAUGUCGUCGAAGGGCAUUAUAUCGAAUCCGUGGCAAAAUGGACAAUCUCGACUGAGAAUGGUCAUAAGGUGAGGUGUAAAUACCUCAUUUGCGCCACCGGGAGCUCAUUCAAACCACAUUAUCCGGAUUUCAAAAAUCUAGGGAUGUUCCGAGGCCAGCUUAUUCACUCGACCUCUUGGCCGGCUGUCGCAAACACGAACAACACACGGGUCGCAAUAAUCGGAUCCGGUGCAACCGCAGUCCAGUGCACACAGGAGAUAGCAAAGGUUGCAGCUCAUUUGACAGUAUAUAUUCGUACUGCAAGCAUAUCGCUUCCAAUGUUUCAACGCUCUCUGAGUGAGCUCGAAGAACGGGUCAACAAGUCCACUUAUCGGCGGAUGUUUGCGCAUUGCCGUGAAUCCAAAUCCGGUCUUGGAUACGAUGUCCCAACCGGUUCCAUUCACGAUUUGACUGAUAAGGAACGUGAGGAUCUAUGGGAAGAACUUUGGAAUCGCGGUGGCUUCAAUUUCAACCAGGCAAACUAUCGGGAGUUCUUGGUGGAUCAGAAGGUCAACAAGCUCAUGUACGAGUUCUGGGCGAAGAAGACUCGUCCGAGGUUGAAAGACCCCGUCAAAGCUGCGUUUCUCGUACCUCAGAAGGCACCGUUCGCGUUUGGGACGAAGCGAAGUAGCUUGGAGCAAGACUACUAUGAAUGUCUCGAUCAAGCCAAUGUCGACAUCGUAGAUCUGAAAGCAAACCCGAUCAGGGAGUUCACCGAGAAAGGAAUUAUUUCUCAAGAUGGCGUGGAGCGCGAAUAUGAUACAAUCGUGAUGGCAACCGGUUUCGACGCGAUGACUGGCAGUCUGAUGAACAUGAAUAUUCAUGGGAAAGAUGGCUUGACAUUCAAAGAAAGGUGGAAAAACGGGGUGUUCACCCAUCUCGGUCUGUGUAGCAGUGGCUUUCCGAAUUUGUUUAUGGUCUACGGACCUCAAGCUCCAACUGCAUUUACGAACGGACCAGUAUUUAUCGAAAGCCAAGUAGACAUAAUCAUGGAUCUGCUUGAACGGCUUCGAGGGGAAGGCAUAAAGUCAAUUGAAGCACGGCGAGAUGCUGAAGAGAAAUGGAAACAAGCAAUUCAAGACGCCAACAGCCAGACUUUACUGCCGUUAACUGACUCUUGGUAUAUGGGAGCGAAUAUACCAGGGAAGCCGCGAGAGCAAUUAAAUUAUCUAGGUGGCAUUCAAGAGUACGAGCGUGAAUGUCGUGAGGCUUUGGAAACCUUCCAGGGAUUUGAUAUAGUCCAUUGA